UUGCCGCGUGCGCCACAACUGCCAUUUUGAAUCGAGCAGCUGGUGGCGCGCUCUUUCGCUGCCUGCUACCCCGGAGGGAAAGCGUUUGGUUGGUGCGGGUCCGCUUCGGCCCUGCGGAGCGCAGAUAUUCUGUCACAGAAGUAGUUGUAAAGAUGUCUACACCCGAGAAAGGAGGAAAGGCUGAAGGAGCAAAGAAGAAAAAUAAGCCUGAUAAAUCUUCCACAAAAACAGAGGAAGAAAAAAUGGAAAGUGAAGAGGAAGAAGAAGAAGAAAGAGUUGGAUUACUGGAAAGAUGUCCUAUUGUAGAGGGGAAAAGGGAAAAGAAAAAAGUGGAAAGAUUGACUUUACAAGUGACACCAUCUGCAAAAGAGACGUUUAGUAUUCCUGAAGGUAGAGGCACAAGGCUGGGAGAAAUUGAGAGAAUACAGUAUUUCAUGAGCAAAACAAAGGCUGAAGAUCUCAAAAUACUGCACAAAAUCUUAUACAAUAGGCCAGGUUCGCUUCCCACAUUGAAGAAAAACAUUCGUCUGUUCACUGGAUUCUCCUUUGAAAGUGGCAGUGACCAGCACAAGAAAAAAGAAGAGAUACUGAAAAAGAAUCCAAUAUCAGUAUUGAAGGUGAUCUGUACUGUCCUGGAUCUGGAAAGAAAGGGUACUAAAGAUGAACUUGUAUCAAAAAUUUUGAACUUCUUGAUGAGACCCAAAGCAUCUGGGAAGUCACUACCAAAGCCCAAGAAAAAGCGUCAAAAGGGUGGAAAGAAGGAAAGUUCAGGGUCCAAGAAGAAAUCAAAGGCUUUAGAAGAGAUUCUUACAGAUGAAUCCAGCAGUGAGGAAGAAAAGAAAGAACAGGAAAAAUCUUCACAUGAAAGCGAUGUGGAAGAAACAGUGGAGCCACCAAAGAAAGGAACUAAAAAAGAGAAGGCCACAACAAAAGCAGCGUCCAAAGGCAAGAAGGGACAAAAUACUAAAAUAACAAAUGUGAAAAAAGCGGACAGUAGCACUGCAAAGAAAACUGCAGCUCCUGCCAAGAAGGAAAGUGAAUCAGAGGAUGGUUCUGAUGAUGAACCAUUGAUUAAGAAACUGAAGAAACCACCUACAGAUGAAGAAAUAAAGAAAACUGUCAUGAACUUGUUGGCUGAUGCAAACUUGGAAGAAGUCACAAUGAAACAAAUUUGCAAAAAGGUAUUUGCUGUCUAUCCAGAAUAUGACCUCUCAGACAAAAAAGAUUUUGUCAAGAACACUGUGAAAGCGUGUAUUUCAUGAAGUGGUCCUGGUUCAAAGAAAUCAGCCAAGUGAUGUUAAGACAGCGUUGAUACCAUAUUCCUGAUCAAUUGUGAGAAUGAAUGAACACCAGCACAAAUAAGGAUGCUUGAGUGGGGAGUGAUGUAGAUUAUCUUAUGCCAAUUAUCAAUUGACUAUCUUUCAAACUAGAUUUGGCUUCUUUAGCUAUAGUUCUGCCUUUUAAGACUUGAACUUUUAUCUGUUAAAUUUUCUAGUAGUAUACUAGUUUUUUUAAACCUGUUUAUGACCUGUAAAUUUGAUGAGUUGUGAAUAAAUUACCCAAUAACUUGAUUAUGGUUAAGCAUUUUUUCUUAGUAGCUCAAGUUCAGCUGAAUAAUUGGAAAAGUUGCAUGUACUGCUAAAACAAUUUAAUUUUUAUCUUUGAUUUGUUCUGUAUUUAAACGUUCUCAAAGCAAAGCUGCAGUUUUAAUUUUGUAAGAGGGGAGGUUUUAUUAGUGAUGCAGAAUAUGUACAUUCGUAAUUCAGUUCUUUGUAGAACGUGUUUUGACUAUUAACAUGCCCCAGCUUGAAGAUGAAAUAAAAGUGCAAGGAGACAGUUCAGACUUUUUAAAAUUCUUUAUAAAUUGAGAGUAUGACCAGCUUACAAAAAAUCUUUCUGCAAACUCAUUUGAUCAUUAUACCUGUUCAAGUUUAACUGAUAAAGUGAGAAAGUAAUCUUACUAUCUAUUUUUGAUAUUCAUCAUUUCAAACAACUUCAGAACAAAGUUAUGAAUUUGCAUUGGAAAACAAACUUUAGGCAAGCUGUUAGCAUUAUGCAAUGCCUGAACUAAAAUAAUUCUAAUUUGCAUACAGUAUUAUAGUCAUACCAUAUAGCAUGCUAACUUAAAUUUUAGAUCAGGCUGCUGCUGAACAAAUUUGCAAGGUAAUGAGAAAUUACAGCCAAGUUUUUAAUAAAGUAACUAAUUGUGGAUUAAGGAAGGCUGAAAAUGCAGUACCUGAGAUUGUUUAGUUUAAAUUACCCCAAAGGCAAACUGGCAUUAUAGCUCAGCUCAAAUUAAUUCUAGCAGUACUUUUUUUCUAUUUGCAGAAAGCAGACACAGAGGUGGCAAUUCUACCAAAAUGAAACAUUUACAUCAAUAUAUACAGGCUUUAAAAAAAUUGAAAAUCUUACUAUAAAUAAGAUCAAAAGGAUUUAGGUUACUCAGGUUGAUGAGAAUUAAAAGGCAGUGUUAUUUGCACGUUUUCAAACCAGCAUUUAGUUUAACAAACUGUCAAUUUGGAUUGUCAACUGAAGAAAAUGCAAGUAUACUUUGAUUUUCCUGUUCCAAAACUUGGAUAUUAAUGAUUAUCCAUGAACAUGAGAUGCUGGAAAUCCAGAGUAACACACACAAAAUGCUGGAGGAAGGCGAAGGGUCUGGCAACAGCAAUGGAAAGGAAUAAACAGUCGGCAUUUUGGGGCCAGACCCUUCAUCAGGGUCUUAGCUGAAAACAUCAACUGUUUAUUCUUCUCCAUAGAUGUUGACUGACAGAAGUACCUCCAGAAUUUUGUGCAUUGCUAAUAAAAAUAAAUCUCUGGCAGAAAAAAACUGUCUUGUACACUUGACUGAGGUAAUUAUAGCUCUGGCUAUAAAUGCAGUGUGUUUUCCAAACAACUAACAGGAUUGCUUUCAAAUAACUCAUUGACACUAGAAGGAUAGAAAUAAAUUUCUUUCAAAACAAAUACAAUCCUUGAUACAGUUCCAAAUUUCUUGGUCACUACUUGCAACAACUAUCAAUAGGUGGUUAGAAUCCAAUAUUAAAUUUACAAAUUAAAGGAACUGAAUGGUUCUGCAAAAUCACAGGUGGCUUUUUUGUCAUGCAACCUUAAUAUUGUGUUGUGAAAGCUGUUCAGUAUUUAACUUUAAAAAAGAGGCUUUUUCUUGCACUCUUAGAACUUGUGCUUAUGUUUCACAACUUUUAAUUAAAAGAUUGCAAGUUAUGGGUUUAUUGCCUUUAUUUGUAACAUGAAUAGUUGCUGAAAGUUCAACCAAUUUUUGUGCUCUGGUAUAUCAAGUUUUAAUCAAUUUUUAAAUAUUUGCAAAUUUUCAUUCUUGAAUUUGAAGCAGAGAAUUACCAGAAUAGAAUUCAGCAGCAAUU